AUGUUUCCGCCUGCUCUUCUGGGCAGGCCAUGCCGAGGCCACCUGCGUCAGGCCGUCACAGCUGCCCCUGGCCUUGCAACGAACGACGCCGGCGUGCGCAUCACCCGGAUCGGCCUCUAUUCGAACCUAGGCAUGGCCAUCGCGAAAGGCAUCGGCGGUUACAUGUUCAAUUCGAGAGCAAUGGUUGCCGAUGCCAUCCACAGCUUGACCGACCUCGCCUCCGACAUCUUGACCCUGGCCACUAUCUCCUGGAGUUUGCGCCCGCCCACCGACAGGUUCCCGACUGGCUUUGGCAAGAUCGAGAGUUUGGGAUCCCUAGGUGUGUCUAGCAUGUUGCUUUUUGGCGGCCUGUGGAUGGGCUACGGCGGUCUUCUGACCCUCUAUGGCCACUUCUUUCUGGACUCGGCAUCCGCCGCCGAUCUGAUGGCCCAUGCGCAUAGCCAUUCCCACGGGCACGAUCAUGCUGGUGAUGCGAUACCGAGCCUGCAUGCUGCCUGGCUGGCCGCGGGUACGGUUGCCAUAAAGGAAUGGCUGUAUCAUGCCACCAUGAAAGUAGCUCGCGAGCGCAAAUCCACCGUUCUCGCAUCGAACGCCGUCCACCACCGAGUUGACAGCCUCACCGGUUUCGUUACGUUGGCGGUAAUCUUGGGCGCGAACUUGGUGGAGAAUGCGGCGUGGCUGGAUCCCGUCGGCGGUCUCCUCAUCUCGGUACUGGUGGUGAAGGCGGGUGUUGAGAACACCAUAUCCGCGCUCUUCGAACUGGCCGACCGCAGCAUCGACGACGAAGUUAAGGGGUCGGUCCGAAAACACGCGCAGAGGGUCUUUUCGGACAUUACCGACGGCCACGAGAUGGAGCUUCGCGACGUAUCCGGCGUCAAGUCUGGGCAAAACUAUCUGGUCGAUCUGGAGGUGGGCGUGCCGAGCACUUGGACGGUAGGAGAUAUUAGAAAUGCCGAAGAGCAGAUUAGAACCCUUAUCGGCAGCAAGGUGCGCGGUGUUCGCAAAAUCAGAAUCCGGUUUACCCCGAAGGAGGUAACCACCGGGCCCAAGUUUGACGAAUUUAUCGCCGCCGAUGUGAGCCCCCGAUCGACCAUCGUCAUCGCGUCGGACCUCAAGGUGGUCAGCGAGGCCAAGGUGGACUUCGACGCGGACUUGGGGGCGCGGUACGGGGUGCGGAAGGGGGUGCUGGCGGACGAGGCGGAGGGCGAGGUGUUCGCGCCGGUGGCGAUGUGGGUGGAGGCGCUGGACCUGGUGCUGGAGCGGCUGCGGGCGCAGGGCUGCCCGCUGGGGCGCGUGCGCGGCGUCAGCGGCUCCGGCCAGCAGCACGCGAGCGUGUACUGGGGCGCGCGCGCCGAGGCCGCGCUCGCCGCCCUCGACGGCGCCCCCGCCGCCGGCCCCCUCGUCCGCCAGCUCGCUGCCGCCUUCGCCUACCCCUUCGCCCCCAACUGGCAGGACCACAGCACCCAGGCCGAGUGCGACCUUUUCGACGCCUGCCUCGGCGGCCCCCAGCAGCUCGCCGAGGCCACCGGGAGCGCUGCCCACCACCGCUUCACGGGCACGCAGAUCCUGCGGAUGCGGCGGCGGCGGCCCGAGGUGUACGAGGGGACGGCGCGGAUCUCGCUGGCGUCGUCGUUCCUGGCGUCGGUGCUGCUGGGGGCGAUCGCGCCGAUCGACAUCAGCGACGUGACGGGGAUGAAUCUGUGGGACGUGGCGGGGGCGCGGUGGCACCCGGCGCUGGUGGCGCUGGCGGCGGGCGACGGCGGCGACGGCGUCGCGUCAGCCGCGCUGCUGCGCAAGCUCGGCCCCGUGCCGCGCGACGGCGGCGCCAGCCUCGGCACGGUCUCGCCGUACUUCGCCGCGCGCUACGGGCUGGGCGCGGCGUGCCGCGUCGCGCCCUUCACCGGCGACAACCCGGCCACGCUGCUCUCGCUGCCGCUGCGCCCGCUCGACGCCAUCGUCUCCCUCGGCACCUCCAGCACCUUCCUCAUGAACACCCCGACCUACCGCCCCGACCCCGCCUACCACUUCAUGAACCACCCCACCGCCCGCGGCCACUACAUGUUCAUGCUGUGCUACAAGAACGGCGGGCUCGCGCGCGAGCGGGUCCGCGACCGCCUGCCCGCCGCCGCCGCCCCAGGGCAGCCGCCGGAAGACCCCUGGGCCGCCUUCAACGCGCUCGCGCUCGCGACGCCGCCGCUCGGCGGCAGCCCCGACGGCCGCGCGCGCCUCGGGCUCUACUUCCCGCUGCCGGAGAUCGUGCCGAACGUGCGGGCGGGGACGUGGCGGUACACGUGCGGGGCGGCGGACGGGGCGGGGCUCGCGGAGGCGGCGGGGGCGUGGGGCCCGGAGGCGGACGCGCGCGCCAUCGUCGAGUCGCAGGCGCUGUCGAUGCGGCUGCGGUCGCACAACCUGGUGGACGGGGGGGCAUCGGCAUCGGCACCGGCGGCAGCGGGCGCUCCGCCGCCGCAGCCGCGCCGCAUCUACCUGGUGGGCGGCGGGUCGCUGAACCCGGCGAUCGCGCGCGUGUUCGGCGACGUGCUGGGCGGCGCCGAGGGCGUGUACCGCCUCGACGUCGGCGGCAACGCGUGCGCGCUCGGCGGCGCGUACAAGGCGCUGUGGGCGCUGGAGCGCGAGAAGAAGAACAAGGGGCGGGCGAGCGAAGACGACGACGACGACGACGAGUGGGAGAGCUUCGACGACCUGCUCGCCGCCCGCUGGCGCGAGGAGGACGAGGUGCGCAAGCUCGACGACGGAUACCGCCCCGCCGUUUUCGAGGCCACUUUCACCGAGCUGGUCCAAGUAUUCGAGCUGCCUUACCAGUUCAUUCGCGAGCGCUACUGCACCAGCCAUGCGGACCAGUCCCCGUUCGUGCGGAAGGCCUCGCCGUUCGAACACGUGGUUACUCGGUGCGUACGGUAUGCGUUCACAAACCUGCCGCCGAAGGUCGGUAGGGUGUUCUUCUCGAAGCCGGUGGCACUGCCUUUCUUACGGUUCCGGAUGCUGCGGCACGGAUAUAUCACGUCUCCCAUGCACUGGUAUGAGUAUAAACAUGAGCGCUUUAGAGGGAUCUGGAUCAUAAAGGACCCGAUACAAACACCGGACGUUUGCGUAUUCUACGCUCACGGCGGGGGCUUCUCGAUGGGCUCGGGGUAUUUCUACCUCGAGUUCCUGCAUGCAUGGCAGAGCAUGCUGGGCGCUAGCGGAUACCGGAACCCGGCCGUCUUUUCUCUGGAAUACACGCUGGUUCCUGACGGUAGCUUCCCAACACAGGUGGAAGAGGCCAUUGCCGGUUACGAGCAUGUGCUUUCGAGGGUGCAGGAUCCUAGCAGGAUUUGCGUCAGCGGAGACUCCGCGGGAGCCACCAUUGUGCUCUCUCUGUUGCUUCACCUUGCCAACCUCGACCUCGAAAAGAUGGACGGCAUUCGAGCCUGCCGCCUGGCCAAGCCCGGGAUGGCAGCGCUCAUUUCGCCUUGGGUAACGUUGGUCUCCAACCUGCAUCGCAACAACGCGAGUGAUUAUCUGGAUGCCGGGAGCCUACACCGGUAUGCCCGUCAAUACGCCGCCGGCAAAGUUCCGAUCGACGACCCGGUCUUAUCGCCGGGGAGCAACAGAGAUGUGGCGUGGUGGAAGAAAGCGAUACCCUCGAGAGGCAUCUACGUGGCUUAUGGGGCCGAGGAGGUUCUCGCACUCGACAUAGAGGAUUGGGUUAAUUUUUUAGCGGAAAACGAUGUCGACGUACACAGCCAAGCCGAAGAGGGGGGUAUUCAUGCUUGGCCAGUAGCGAGUCUAUUCCUCGGAGGCUCGUUAGAAAGUAGAAAGCAAGGACUAGCAGCCUUGGUGCAAGUGAUCGGAGAUAAUGUCCGUUAG